AUGGCAUCACCAUCUCCUUCAACAACCCCCAACCCUUCAUUGGUCACCAAUGUUCAAGCUCUGCGGAACUUCCUCGCCACCAUUGGCCCUUCCUCUAGCAUUUAUGUCGAUCUCGAAGGCACAAACCUCGGCCGCGGGGGAACCUUGGAUCUAAUCACCGUGCUGGUCCCCCCCGAUCGGAAAGUUCGCAUCAUCGAUGUCAAGGCAAUGGGAAACCAAGCCUUCACCACUCCGUCGAAAAAAGACGACAAUGUGACCUUGAAGUCGAUUCUGGAAGACCCAUCCAUCCGCAAGUACCUGUGGGACGUACGCAAUGACGCCGACGCUUUGAAAUCACUGUACCAUGUUGCUAUCUCUGGGGUUAUCGACCUCCAGUUGCUCGAGAAUCUCACCCGCCAAGGUAAUAGUUUUUACGUCACCGGCUUGGACAAAGCCGUCGAGAACGAUUUACGACUUGAUCAGCAGGAGCAAAUCGAAUGGAAAAAAACGAAAGAGGAUAUUCGCAAGCGCAUGGCUUCAGGCGACUCAGGCAUCUUCUCUACUCGACCGUUCACGACGCCGAAAUAUCACAGCAUUCACGCCCAAGGAGGCACAGUAGACGAUCUUCCAGCCCCCGAGGAGAAGAAGACAUCCGGCGGUGCCAAAGCUGAAACAAAUGGCCAUGCAGCACCUAUCACAGCAGAGGAAGGGGAGAUCGACGAGAGCGUCCCAAUGGACGAGAGCGACGAAACAUCGCACCCAGCAAUCUCGGAUGUCCAACACUCCGCAGAUGCGAACAAGGUUGGAGGUGGGCUAUCUGGAGGCCAGCCUGCGGCGCCGUUGGGGCCAGGACCAGGACCGCAAGUGUUGCUUGGAUCAGUCCAAGAUGAGGAGCUCAAAAAGCUGCUGAUGUCUUGGUAUUAUGCAGGGUAUUACACGGGCUUGUACGAGGGAAAGCAGCAAGGGCUCAAACAGGCCCAGCAGCAAGACAAAAGUUCUUGAUAGGAAU